AUGCUACUGUUCCACACCUUAAAGGGAUGCAUCGAGAAAAACAAUUUCCAAUGGACGAAUGAAGCUGAAAAGGCGCUCCAGAGAAUCAAGGAGGCACUGCACAAGCUGCCGACCCUGGCAACCCCCAUCCCGGGAGAAACAUUACAAGUGUAUCUAUCGAUGUCAGGUGAAGCGAUAUCAUCGGUAUUGGCUGUGGAAAGGGAAGGAGAGCAGAGACCGAUAUACUUUGUUAACAGAGCGCUGAAAGGACCAGAACUCAAUUAUCCCACGCUGGAAAAAUUGGUGCUGGCACUCAUUUACGCUGCGAGACGAUUAAGGCGAUACUUCCAGGCACAUCAAAUUGAGAUACUCACAAGCUACCCCAUUAAACAGAUCUUGCUUAAGUCGGAGACGUCGGGUCGGCUGGCCAAGUGGGCAAUUGAACUGGGAGAGCACGACAUAAACUACCGCCCAAGAACAAGUAUCAAAGGGCAGGCGUUGGCUGAUUUCUUACUAGAAAUUCCUGACGGAGGGAACCAGGCGAAAGAAAAGGUGUGGGUAGUUAAAGAGGCCCCUACCGGCGAUGGUUCAUGGACCCUGUACACGAACGGAGCGCCCAGCAGGGAAGGCUCAGGGGCGGGGCUGAUCCUGACUAGUCCAGAAGGAGAAGAGGUAACCUACACCCUCCGUUUCGACUUCCAUACAUCGAACAACGAGGCGGAGUAUGAGGCACUGCUCGCAGGAUUGCGACUCGCCAAACAGAUGGGUGCGAAAGCUGUAACAGCACUAACCGACUCAAGGUUAGCAGCGAACCAAGUCAAUGGGAGUUUUGAGGUAAGAGACCAAAGAAUGGGAAGGUAUGUAAAGAUGGUAAAGCAACUAGUAGGAUCAUUCGGCCAAUUUACAAUCAAGCAGAUACCCAGAAGUGAGAAUAAGAGGGCAGACGCUUUGAGCAAGCUAGCGUCCACUUGUUUCGACCACCUGUCAAAGAAAGUUUUAGUGGAGGUGCUCCGGGAGAGAAGCAUUGAUGAACAGCAGGUGAACAUCCUGACCCCCGCAGGACCCACAUGGAUGACGCCGUUCCGGGAAUACCUCCAGAGAGGGGUGUUGCCAAACGACCAUGACGAAGCCAGAAAAAUACGUAUAAAGGCGCCCUCAUAUGCAAUGGUGAACGGGAAGUUGUACAAGAAGGGGUUCACGUCUCCAUGGCUAAAAUGUUUAGAUCAAGCCAAGGGGAGAGAGAUAUUGAAGGAAGCACACUUAGGGCAGGUAGGCGCACACGAAGGAGCGAGGGCUUUGACAGGAAAGGUGCUACGAAUGGGGGUAUACUGGCCAACGAUACAUCAAGACGCAGUAGAAGUAACCAAGAAAUGUGGGGAGUGUCAAUCUUACGCCCCCAGUGCAGGCGGAACCCUCGGCGCCGCUAAGCAACAUAUCCAGCCCGUGGCCUUUCUACCAGUAGGGCAUAGACAUAGUGGGUCCAUUCCCAGAAGCACCAGGGAAGCUGAAGUAUAUGGUGGUAGUUGUGGAUUACUUCACAAAGUGGAUUGA